AGACAUAACAGGCCCGGGGGGGAGAUUGAAAAAGUCUCACAACUGCUGCGACCCCCAUUGCUGCUCUCUUCUCUCGGGCCUCAGUUGACCAAAAGCCAUCAUGUCUGACACAGAGGAAGUUGAACAGGUGGAGGAAGAAUACGAAGAAGAGGCACAAGAAGAAGAAAGCCAGGAGCAAGAAGAAGAACCAGUUGUGGAAGAGGCACCACAAGUAGAAGAAGCUUAUGAGGAGGCUGAGGAGGAAGAACAUGGUGAAGAAUAUGAUGAGGAGAAGCCAAAGCCCAAGCUCACAGCCCCUAAAAUCCCAGAUGGAGAGAAAGUUGACUUUGAUGAUAUCCAAAAGAAGAGGCAGAACAAAGACUUGAUUGAACUGCAGUCUCUGAUUGACACACACUUUGAGGCCCGCAAGAAAGAAGAAGAGGACAUCAUUGCCCUCAAAGACAGAAUUGAGAAACGCAGAGCCGAGAGAGCUGAGCAGCUGAGGAUCAGGACAGAGAAAGAAAAGGAGCGUCAGACCAGAUUGGCUGAAGAGAAAGCAAGGAGAGAGGAACAGGAUUUAAUGAGACGUGCAGAGGAUGACAUGAAGAAGAAGAAGGCUCUGUCCUCCAUGGGUGCCACAUACAGCAGCUACCUGGCCAAGGCUGACCAGAAGAGAGGCAAGAAGCAGACAGCCCGUGAGAUGAAGAAGAAGAUUCUGGCUGACCGUCGCAAACCACUGAAUGUUGACCACAUGAAUGAUGAUAAGCUCAGGGAAAAGGCAAAGGAAAUGUGGGACUGGCUGUACCAGUUGGAGUCUGAGAAGUUUGAGAUGGGAGAGAAACUCAAGAAACAGAAAUACGAGAUUACGACUCUGCACAGGAGAGUAGAGGAACUCUCCAAGUUCAGCAAGAAGGCAGCCGGAGGCAAAGGAAAAGUUGGGGGCCGCUGGAAGUAAAUCAACUCAAAAUCAACACCCGGUCCUCACAGAGAGCAGCCCCUUUCUGCCAUUUCUUCAGUACUCAUUUAGGAAGCUGGUUCUACUCCACGCACCCACAAAGGCCAUUUCCCUGUGUGCCACCAAGUUCUCUCUGUGGACUGCUUUAUUAUCUCUUCCCUUUUGUAAAUAAAGUGUGGUGCUUCUUACCCCAACAA